AUGUCGCUGGCCAAGUUCUCACGGGCUACAGCGGGCUAUGGCUCUGAGAACACGGCUGCGUCGUGUGGUCUCGCUCGAGGCCCAGCGUGGUCUGAUACAGCUCAGCCCCCUAGUCUCCUGCGAAAAUGGACUAGUCUGGUAUGUAUCCCCGCGAAGUACGAAGUAUGCUCUUCUAUCGCAUCCCACCUCGACAGAGUCUCUGCUCUCGUCUGGGCCCGCCUCCAGGUACGGGAACCGUCUCAAACUGGUCAAUGGUAUCCACCCAGCAAGUGGCGCCAGCCCGCCUCUCACUCGGAAUUAGCUUACGAGGCUGUCUAA